AUGAGCUCAACUGGGUUUUUGCCCAAGUCGUCCGAGCUGAAGCUUCGAGAUCGGAGUAAAAACUUUGAUGAGAAAGUCGUCGAUGAGCCAGCUGAGGAUUCUAAAUCUCGACCACACAGCGCGCAAUUGAAGUCUUCUUACCGUCCAACAGACUAUAGCUCAAUCUUGCAGUUCAUUGGGGUGAUAGCCAUCACAGUUUUAGCGUUCUACGUGAGAUUCAGGAAAAUCGAUGCAAGCGACAUAGUAAUGUGGGAUGAAGCGCAUUUCGGGAAGUUUGGAUCUUACUAUAUCAAACAUGAAUUUUACCAUGACGUUCAUCCACCGCUAGGUAAAAUGCUCAUUGCACUCAGUGAGUAUUUGACCGUGUUUGACGGAGAAUUUGAAUUCGAAUCUGGAGCAGCGUUCCCAGAGGGUGUUAACUAUAAAUUCAUGCGCCAAUUCAAUGCGUCAUUUGGUGCUCUUUGCGCUCCUCUUAUGAUGAUUUCAGCACGGAACCUCGGUUUCAGCUUGAUGGGAUCAACUUUGCUGGGACUCAUGGUGGCUUUGGAACUGUCCUAUAUAGCAUUGUCCAAAUUCAUUCUUUUGGACUCCAUUUUGCUGUUCUUCACGGCCACAACCUUCUAUUGCAUCACCAAAGUUCACACGCUUCGCAAACAACAGCUCUCGAAAAAAUGGUCCUGCUGGAUGCUCUUGUUGGGGAUAUCCAUCGGAUGUGUGUGCUCAGUAAAAUGGGUAGGUUUGUUCAUAACUUUGGUGGCUGGCAUCUACACCAUUGCAGAUCUCUUUGUUAGCUAUCACAAUCCAAAAAUGGGCAAACUACAAUACUACAAACACUGGUUGAUUCGUGUAAUCGAUUUGAUAAUCAUACCGUUCAUGAUCUACCUCUUUUGUUUUAAGAUCCAUUUCACCAUUUUGCACAAAUCAGGAACGGGCGAUGCGUCCACUAACACCUUGUUUCAAGUGAAUCUUGAUGGUAACAAGAUUGAAAUAGGACCCAGAGAUGUCGCUUUUGGAUCAACAGUAAGCAUUAGAUCGCAUGGCCUCAGUCCCAACCUGCUUCAUUCACACGUUCAACUUUAUCCAUUUGGAUCAGGGCAGCAUCAAAUAACGGGCUACGGACAUUCCGAUAACAACAACCAUUGGCUGAUCAAUUUCUCAAGAGAAUCUGGCGAGGAGGUUGACGAGAAUGGUUUGCUCCGGGGUGACUCUGUAACGCUGCGUCACGAAUCUGAAAUUCGUCUUGUUCAUAAAAACACCAAAGCCAAUCUGCAUUCGCAUGACGUUCCAGCCCAUGUCUCUAACAAUUGCUACGAAGUAUCAGGCUAUGGGGACGAAAUCGUCGGCGACACGAAAGACGAUUGGAUUGUUGAGAUUGUUGAGCAGCUUGACUCUUCUAACUCUUCAUUCCCUAAAGAAGAUUCUUCUGUGGUACACCCCAUCUCCACCAGUUUCCGACUAAGGCACAAGGAACUUGGUUGCUAUCUUGCAACUACGGGGCUAGCGUAUCCUGCUUGGGGGUUUAAACAGGCCGAAAUUGUGUGCAAGCACUCUUGGACUAGACGCGACAAAUCGACAUGGUGGAAUAUCGAAGACCAUUGGAAUGUCAACAGAGACAAAGCAGAGGGUUAUAUUCCUCCAAAAUCAAAAUUCUGGGCCGACUUCGUUUUGAUAAACUUCGCAAUGGCUUCAUCAAACAAUGCCUUGGUUCCAGAUGAGGACAAAUAUGAUUCUUUGGCAACUAAAGCAUGGGAGUGGCCUACCCUGCACACUGGCCUCAGGAUGUGCGGAUGGAGUGUUCACAAUGUGAGAUACUAUCUCCUGGGCUCACCAUUUCAAACUUGGCUCUCCACUGCUGCCUUGGUGUUAAUCGUAUUUUACUUUGCGCAACUGACGCUGAGAUGGAGAAGACAAUCCCUGGUUAUUUCAAGUGAUGAAGUUUGCGAGCUGGGAAUGCAGGGCAUAUUACCAUUCUUGGCAUGGCUUCUACACUUUUUACCAUUUGUUUUCAUGGGAAGGGUUACUUACGUUCACCAUUACGUUCCGGCGUUGUAUUUUGCCAUAGUGGUGUUCGGUUUCAUGCUCGAAAGAUGCGUGCCCAACAGAUAUCACAUCAAAGAUUGCCUUUACAUGUUAUUAUUUGGCGGGUGUGUCUACAUCUACAUUCUACUUUCACCACUCGCCCAGGGGAUGAACGGUCCUGCAAAGGACUACAAAAGCCUGAACUGGCUGAGCUCUUGGACGGUUACGUUUUAA